ACAAAGUUUACAAAUUAUUUUUGACUAUGCUUCCUGGAAGCCUUUAUUUAUUACUUUUUACAGGAGCAGCAUACAUGGUAGUUUCCCAACAUUUAUGAUAUUUCUAAAAAUAAAUAAACUGACCACGAGACCGUUACGCGCGAGACCCACAGGGUUAACGUGAAGCUGUGAGCUCACGUGUACAGGUUGCUAUGCAACACCGGACACAACCAGAAGACUUGGUGCAGGUCACGGUAACACGGUGUGCACGUUUCCUCUGAUAACACAACAACAAUAACACGGCACGGGGAUGGCGUUCAGCGCCGAGCCGAAGAAACCUGCUCCGCACGACCAGAUAACGGAGAUGCAGCGAAAGAUCCAACUUCUGGAGUGCGACAGAACUGCGUCCUAUGAGAGCUCUCAGUGCGCCAUCAAGAAGAACAGAGAGCGCAUCCUGCAGCUGAGGCAGGACAACAAGGAGCUCUACAGGAAGCUGGCAGACGUUAAUGCUGGCGAUGAAAAUGUUGUCAAAGUGGCCUUUCAGGACAGAGGGUUGGAGAAGGAUGCCUACCGCAACAUGUCAGCCAAGGCAGCUCUGACAACACUCGAGCAGAGGGUGCUGUGCAAGGUGCAGCGGCUCAAUGCCCUGAAACACACCACCCAGACCCAGCAGCGUCGCCUCCAAGAGCUGAAGAUGGAAUACCAGAGAAGGAAACCAGAGGGCAGCAGUGGAGCACCGUCUGCUGACGCUCGCACUCAGAAGAAGGAGGAAGAUGCCAUGAACCUGCGGGCGCUGGAGAACAGUCUGGAGAAGACCCAGUUUAAAUGCAAAGAGGCCGAGAACAUCAUGAUCAACUAUCAGAAACUCAAAAGUCAUCUGCAGGAGGAGAGUGUGACGUUCGGGAGCCAGUUGGACGGUCUGGAGGCAGAAAUCCUGAAGCACAGAGACGAGCUUCACGACAUGCAGGGCAUGAACAACAAGGCGCAACUCUCUAAAGACACUGCUAAGGUUGAAUUACAGCAGCAGGAAGAACUGCUCUACAAGGAGCGCAAGGAGAGAGAGCGCAUCAUAGCAAGCUGCAGGAAAAAGGUCGAGGAGCGCAAGGCCCAGGCUGAAAAAGUCGACAGAAGGGCUCAGAGAACAACUAUGCAGCCAGAUGAGCUGAGCAGUGAAGCCCAGCGCAGCACCUCCAGGAUGGGGGGUGAAGAGGAUAAGACCAUUUCCACUUUCGAGGAGGCCUUCCAACAGAUCAAGGAGGCCACCGGGGUCACAGAUGUACAGGAGAUAGUGGAGCGCUUUAUCUCACAGAAGGAGACACACCAACAUCUGGAGAAGCUGAAGGGAGAAAAUGAGAAGGUGCUGCAGCAGCUGACGGAGCAGAAGGAGCUCCUGAGCCAACAGUUCCAGGAUAUGAAAUAUUCUGGAGAGGCUAAACAUUCCAGUGACCAACAGAUGCUGGGGGAGUGUGAGAUGCAACUGCAGGCUCAACAGCAGAGGUGUGAUGCAGUCAAAGAGCGCCUGGAGUGUCUUGUUAAAGCCAGCGGUACCGUCCGAGCCGGAGUGGAGCACCUCGCAGACAAACUUCAACACAUCCCACUGAGUGAGGACACGCUGGCGGAAGUGUCUCCAGACUCAGGUGAGUUUGUGUUGGAGCUGAUGACCCAGUGUGAGCUGAAGUUGCAGUUACUGCACGAGCAGCUUCAGGGAAAGGAUUUGGCUGCUAUUCUGAAGGAGAUGGAGGAAGAUGAGGUGAGUCGACGUUCCACUCAUCAGCCCUCCUCUGGCUUCACAGGGGUUUUAAAUACACGUCAUAUUUCUAUUUUGGAUAUUCACCAAUCACAACAGCAUGUGGUUGGCAGCUGCGACAGCGUGUGUCCAUUAUUGUUAACGCCCUGUGAGUCUGUGUGUGUUUGGCCUCGUUGUACAUGUCUGUCUGUGGACCGACUUUGUCAACGUGAUAAUGUCACAACGUGCAAGAUGCAGUUACGAGACUUUAGAGGUGUGUAGUUGAGAUCAAGAUGAAGGUUGAGUUCGAAGAUGGACGUGGAAGAGGGAUGCACUGUUACAAGCUCUGUGUGCAGCGUGUGUGUAUGUGUGUGUUCAGCUUUGUCGCUCAUUAAAGAGCAGGCGAGAAAGCAGACAAAUUAGUUUAAAAAAACAUUUUUCAUUGAGAAUCAACGCGUAAUAUUCAGACCACCAAUCAAGCUAUUUAGAAUGAAUAUCAGCCUAAAACGAUUGGUGGCUGCUCCAUAGGAGUAGCCUUCAAAUGACCUGAUCACAAUGCGACAUUGAACUCCAGCAUAGUCAACAGUAAAGAAAAGACAAUAUAAUAUUGCUUCAAAAUGCAGCGCCAAAGCUCAUUCCUUCAGUGGAGCACUGGAGUAAAAGGAAAGCAACUCUUGUGUUUCACAUUAUUUACGACUCACAAGGUGAAAACAAUGCAAGCGUCGCUGGUAAUGACGGGUGUGUGGGGAAAGGCACAAAUUAUUUUGAUCAACCACAAAGUACAUAGUGUACUCAUGAACAGAGACUGUUGACACUUAGGCAGCAUUACAUGUGCACACUAAGAGGCAUCUCUGGUGAGAUGAAGGUCAUGUGACCAA